CUGUAUGGAUACGAAUUCGAGAUAUUGGACUAUGGCUGAUUUCAAAAGUUUACAAAUAUAUUUAGGUGGCAUGAUGCAAAGAUCUGGAAAUUUGAAUCUACGUUGUGUAGUAUGUUUGAGACCAGCUUGGAACUAUUAUUAUGGAGCACACGCAUGCAAAUAUUGUCAAUAUUUCUUUGUAACUACUGUCAUUUACAGAAAAAUUUAUUUUUGCUCUCAUAGUGGAAAUUGUCCUUUAAUAAAAAUCGGUGUAAACGAAAAUAGUUGUAAAUUCUGUCGUAUGGAUCAAAGUAUUUCUAAAGGAAUGAUGGUGAUUAAAGUUGGAAAAUAUGACCAACGUAAGAAUUCGUAUUACUUAAAACAAGCAAGGAAUUUCAUUGUGAAAUCAAAUCCUUCAGAGGAACCAUUAAAUCCAUACGCUGUGGCAGAAAUAAGAGCUUUUGCGAAGACCAUACACGAGUUAAAAAAGUUUUUUGUAAAAUGGAUGAAUAGAGGACAUAUGCAAGAUUAUUUUGUUUCUCUCCCUCGUAGUCGACGUAUAAAGUGUUUAGAAAGAUUGGUAAUAAUGAGGAUUGCAGAUGAUUCUGUAGAUCUUCACGAUGUUUUGGUAUUACAAGAUAAAUAUUAUAUCGAUCCGUACUUAAUUCCAAUUUCAAGCUUACAGUACGUUGCUAUACAAAUUUUGGAAAUGGUAAGAUACGUUCAAGAUAAUAGUGGUGAAAUAGAUAGUGUUUUUCACAGAUUUGAUGAGACCUUACUAGGCGAACUCAUUACCUAUCUCG